AUGGGAUCGACAACACCCGUCGAGGACGCCAUCCGCGCCAAGAUCACUGCCGCUCUCAACCCUCUCACGUUGGAGAUUUACAAUGACUCUCACCUCCAUUCUCAUCACAAGGCCAUGCAGGGCAGUACUUCCAAGGAGACUCACUUUCGCCUCGUCAUCACAUCAGACGCAUUCAAGUCCAAGAUGCAGCCCGCCCGCCACAGGAUGAUCUACGCCCUGCUGCGCGAUGAGAUGGCCCAGGAAGGCGGCAUCCACGCCCUGCAGCUGCGCACCCUGACCCCGGAGGAGGAGGCCAGACAUCAGCAGCAGCAGCAGAAGAAGAAGGACGACGAGGCGGCUGCCACCACCACCACCACCAAGGAGGUCGAACCCGUCACCAACGAGAAUGCGUAA